AAGAAGCCUGACAACUUCACCGCAAGAUGAAGUUCCUUCUGUUGCUCUCAGCCAUUGGGCUGUGCUGGGCUCAGUAUUCCCCAAACACACAGCAGGGACGCACAUCCAUUGUGCACCUGUUCGAGUGGCGCUGGGCGGACAUUGCUGCGGAAUGUGAGAGAUACUUAGGUCCCAAAGGAUUUGGAGGUGUUCAGGUCUCUCCACCCAAUGAAAAUGUUGUAAUUAACAACCCAUAUCGACCUUGGUGGGAAAGGUACCAACCAGUCAGCUAUAAAUUAUGCACAAGAUCUGGAAAUGAAGGUGAAUUCAAAGACAUGGUGACCAGGUGCAACAAUGUCGGCGUCCGAAUUUAUGUGGAUGCUGUGAUUAACCACAUGUGCGGCUCAGGCAAUCCUGCAGGAACAAGCAGUACUUGUGGAAGCUACUACAAUCCUGGCAAUAGAGAGUUUAAAGCAGUCCCAUACUCUAGUUAUGAUUUUAAUGACAAUAAAUGUAAUGGAGAAAUUAGUAACUAUAAUGAUGCGAACCAGGUAAAUUUUUUUAAAAUAAAUCAGAACCAAAACUAUAUAUUCCUUUAAUUAUUCACAAAUAGAAUAUUGAAUAUCAUACUGGGUACUGGUUUAGAUUCCUUAGGAAAACUGCUCACUAGCUUUAACUGCUUAGAUAUUAAAAACAAAAAAAAACAACUUCAUACAAACACUUUCUCCUACUCAUAGUGUUCAGCUCCACCCAAAGAGGAGAGCACUUGCCUUGCAUUUGAGGUAAUUGAUCUGGGAGGUGAAGCAAUUAAAAGUAGUGAAUACUUUGGAAAUGGCCGUGUCACUGAAUUCAAGUAUGGUGCAAAACUAGGCACAGUUGUACGCAAGUGGAAUGGAGAGAAGUUGUCUUACUUAAAGAACUGGGGAGAAGGUUGGGGCUUGGUGCCUUCUGACAGAGCCCUUGUCUUUGUGGAUAACCAUGACAAUCAGCGAGGUCACGGAGCGGGAGGAGCCUCUAUUCUGACAUUCUGGGACGCUAGGAUGUAUAAAAUGGCUGUGGGAUUUAUGCUUGCUCAUCCUUAUGGAUUUGCACGAGUAAUGUCAAGCUACCGUUGGGACCGAAACUUUCAGAAUGGAAAAGACGUAAAUGACUGGAUCGGGCCACCGAAUAACAAUGGAGCAACUAAACCGGUGACUAUUAAUGCAGACACCACUUGCGGCAAUGGCUGGGUCUGUGAACAUCGCUGGCGUCAAAUAAGGAACAUGGUUGCCUUCCGAAAUGUAGCUGAUGGCCAGCCUUUCUCCAACUGGUGGGAUAAUGGGAGCAACCAAGUAGCUUUUGGAAGAGGAAACAGAGCAUUCAUUGUCAUUAACAACGAUGACAGGUCACUGUCUGCAAAUUUGCAAACUGGGCUACCUGCUGGCACAUAUUGUGAUGUCAUUUCUGGAGAUAAAGUGAACGGCAACUGCUCAGGAAUUAAAAUCCAGGUUUCUGGUGAUGGCAGGGCUCAAUUUUCCAUUAGUAACUCUGCUGAAGACCCCUUUAUUGCCAUCCAUGCUGAAUCAAAGUUAUAAAAUUCAAAUAAAAUGCCUGUGAGAGAAUCAUAACCAUGUGUGCUUGU